CACAUGACUAUCGUGGAUCCUCUGGGAAGCCUCAACAACAUCCUGAUGCUGACGAGGAAGAGAAGAGUCUCUCCAGAUCAGAACACCAGAUGGACAACACUAGCCCUUCCACCCUCCCGGAAUCCCCGUGUCAUGCCUCUCCUGUUAGCACCUUACUGCUGGGUAUGAAGAGGUUGUCUGUGCUGCUGGUGGACUGCAGGAGAACAAUGGGGCUGAGUGGAACUGUGGGAGGAGGAGAAGAGCGGAAAGGAUCAGAUUUGACUCAAAGAGAAAGACCAGACUCAGAGGAACCAGAGCCAGGGAAGUCCAAACCAGCAAGACGACACCAGUGCUCCCACUGUGGAAAGGGUUGUAACCGGUUAUGGGACGUGAAACAACAUGAGAAAAUACACACAGGGGAGAAGACUUACCACUGCUCCCAGUGUGGAAAGAGUUUUAACCAGAAAGCACACCUGAAAGCUCAUGAGAGAAUACACACAGGGGAGAAGCCUUACCACUGCUCCCAGUGUGGAAAGUGUUUCAACCGGCCUGGGCAUCUGAAACUGCACGAGAGAAUACACACAGGGGAGAAGCCUUAUCACUGCUCCCGGUGUGGAAAUAGUUUUAACAAUUUAGGGAAACUGAAACGACACGAGAGAAUACACACAGGGGAGAAGCCUUGCCACUGCUCCCAGUGUGGAAAGAGUUUUAACAAUUUAGGAAACCUAAAACAACAUGAGAGAAUACACACAGGGGAGAGGCCUUACCACUGCUCCCAGUGUGGAAAGUGUUUCAUCCGGUCAAAGGAGCUGAAACGACAUGAGAGAAUACACACAGGGGAGAAGCCUUAUCAUUGCUCCCAGUGUGGAAAGAGUUUUAACAAUUUAGGGAACCUGAAACAUCAUGAGAGAAUACACACAGGUGAGAAGCCUUACCACUGCUCCCAGUGUGGAAAGUGUUUCAACCGUUCAGGGGGGCUGAAACGACACGAGAGAAUACACACAGGGGAGAAGCCUUGAAGCCUUUCCACUCCUCCCAGGGUGCAAAGCUUUUGCCCAUUUAGGAAGCCUGAAAGAACACAUGAGACUGCACACAGCGGAGAAUGCUUACAAAAGGCCAGACUGUGGGAAAACAUUUUACUCAUAACAGUCACUUAAACGUCUUUAGAGUAACCACACAGGAGAGAGAAAUGACUUCUCUUAGCGUGUAUAUUGAUAUUUCACAUCACAUUGACUUCAAAUUCAUCAGAGAACAUACACAGUGCUCCCGUUGUCUUAUAUUGUUGACUGACAAUGUGUUUACCUGUCUUUACCAUAUGAAAUUAAAUGGUACAGGGUAUACUCAAACAUAUAUUUGUUUGUUUCUAUUAGAAAACAUGAAUUGAAUAUGGAGUCUGUCAGUUUGAAUAUAGAGUAGAUCAGGUUCCAUGUGUUUAAAUUGUCCUUUUUUAAAACUCUUUGUGUGUGUUUAUCUGGGUGUGUCAUUCCUCCAGCACUACAGAUAAUCAAGUGAUAUUUGGAUGUGAUGCAUUAGUUCCAUUGUUGACAUUUGCAUUUUUGGCCCACUGAUGAUUUAAUUAAAUGAAAAUGUUCAGACUGUGUAAUGGAAAAUGUUAGUUGUAUGUGUGUCCACAUAACUGAGUAUGUGACUAACCUUGUGAAACUGUCCUAUUAUAAUCUCCUGUUCUUGGGACUAUCAUUCUGUGUUGCAAACCAAUUUACACCUGUGUCCUUGUAUGAAUAAAGUCCCGCCCAGGAACAGGAAACUAUAAAGAUAUUUGCUCAUCACCCAAUGCUUCAGGAAUUCAGACUGUCUACACUGCACUGUGUAACUCUGUUAUUCUCUCUGAGCUCAGAAAUAAAGAGUCUUGGUUUGAC